AUGGCGAGCAGCUAGCGGAGUCGUUGUGUGCAUUCAAUCCUGAAGGUUUUGGGUUUUUCUGUCAGGGUUAAAGCAAUACAUUUUAUUUUACUUUUGGUAUCUAGAGGUGUGUGAGUAGGGCGUUCUGCUCUACGGGUUUUAUUUAAAUAAGAGGGUGAAGGAGACGCACCGGCAACAUGGGGCGACGUUCAACCUCCUCCACCAAGAGUGGGAAGUUUAUGAACCCCACCGACCAGGCUAGAAAGGAAGCCAGGAAAAGGGAGUUGAAAAAGAACAAGAAGCAGAGAAUGAUGGUGAGAGCAGCAGUACUGAAGAUGAAGGACCCCAGACAGAUCAUCAGAGACAUGGAGAAGCUGGAUGAGAUGGAGUUCAACCCAGUUCAGCAGCCUCUACUGAAUGAGAAGGUGUUGAGGGACAAGAGGAAGAAGCUACGUGAGACAUUUGAACGCAUUGUUCGUCUGUAUGAGAGAGAGAAUCCUGACACCUACAAGGAACUACGCAAACUAGAAUUGGACUAUGAGACCAAACGUGGGCAGCUGGCUCUUUAUUUUGACUCAGUCAAGAAUGCAGAGUCAGUGGAGGUGGACAGUAUCCCUUUACCAGAUAUGCCUCAUGCCCCCUCCAAUAUCCACAUCCAGGACAUCCCACUACCAGGGGCUCAGCCUCCCUCUAUAUUGAAGAAGAGUUCCACUUUUGGUAAAGGACCUCUCUCGUCAUCCUCUGGACCAGUGUUGGCAACAGUGCCAGGUGUCCCACGUUUACCUCCGGGGAAAAAGCCCCCUGGCCCUCCACCUGGACCCCCACCUCCACAGGUCCUGGCACUGUACGGCAUUCCUGCUCGACGAGCUUUUGGCGUAGAUUCAGAGCCUUCCAUUCCUGGUUUAGAAAAGGACUCUGCGAUGGAGCUGGGAAGAGAUCGAGAUAGUGGCAGUGAGAGCGACAGAGAUCGGGAGGAUGUGGAUGAUGAUGACAGCGACUCUGAAGAGGACAGUGAAGAAGAGCGAGAUGAAGGGGUAGACGGUGACCAGAGAAUGAUUCUGGACAGGCAGGAUGAUGAGAGGGAAAGAGAGGAGGAAAGAGACAGAAAUGAAAGGCAUGCUGGUCGCAGUGUACGUUUCGCAGAUAUGCCUCCAGAGGCACCCCGUGAAGGAAAAAGGAAGAAAAAGAGGCUGGUGAAGAAAACCAAGGCCAUUACCCCUCUGCAGGCCAUGAUGUUAAGGAUGGCAGGUCAGUCAGUUCCUGAAGAGGAGGAAGAAGAAGAGGUAGAGGAGGAAUACACAGAUGAAUCUGACAGCUCAGACAUUGAGGACAGGGGGCCGCCAGGUGACAACCAGUCCCACCUCAUGGCCAAUCAGCGUCUACCCCCUCCUGCUGGGCCAGUGGGACAGCAAGGGCCUCCACACAUGCAAGGUCCACCAAUGACUGGUCCUCCACCACUGGGUCCACCCCCAGCUCCUCCGAUGAGGCCUCCUGGUCCACCCUCUGGCCCGCCUCCUGGCCCACCACCAGGUGCCCCUCCAUUCUUGAGACCUCCUGGGAUGCCUGGGGGCAUGAGGGGUCCAAUGCCUCGACUUCUGCCUCCAGGACCUCCACCAGGUCGACCCCCUGGCCCUCCACCAGGCCCACCUCCUGGCCUGCCUCCAGGCCCCCCACCACGUGGACCCCCUCCCAGACUACCACCCCCAGCACCACCAGGUAUCCCACCUCCUCCCCCAAGAGCAGGAGGGCCCCCACGUCCACUUGCCCCACCACUCUCCCUCUUCCCUCCGCCUCUCAACUCCAAUGUUCUCAGUGCUCCUCCCAACAUUGUCCAGCGGCAAAAAGGCUCAGGAUCCAACCAGGACAGUUCACAGAGCAACUUACCACCCCCUGCCAUGCCCAUGCGACCGGGUGUCAUGCAGAUGCCCCCUCCCCCAGGGACAGCUGCCGCUUCCACGGGCAACAAUCCAGGCAGCAACCCCCCCGGCCACCACCAUGCAGCCACCAUCGAAAAACGAGCCAACAUCACAUCUGUUGCAGCCGCAGGAGGCAACAUGGCAGCAGGUGCCAGUUCUGGUGGGGCCACCAUCUCUGCCAAACCUCAGAUUAUCAAUCCAAAGGCAGAGGUCACCCGCUUUGUGCCCACGGCACUGAGGGUGCGUAGGGACAAGAGCGGAGCAAUGCCCGGGGCAGCAGCAGGGCCUCUGGAGAAAGUAGGGGGUGGUGUUUCUGGAAGGAGGGGAGAUGAUGGCAUUGGAGGUGGACAGGGGCAGAAACAACAGGCAGCAGCUGCUCCAAUGGGCUUGGUCAACUCGGCCCAGAUGGGUGCUGUGUCUCAGCCCAGCAUGAAGACUAAGGACCAGGUGUAUGAAGCCUUUAUGAGGGAGAUGGAGGGUCUCCUCUGAAACUUAAGAGAGCAUUGGGAGGAAUGUUCAGUCGAGUGCUCUGAACAACAUGAGCGUAUUAGUUUUGUGUGUUUUCUUCGCUGAGUAAUAGAGGUAGCUGUCUUCAAGGCAUUCAACUAGAUCUGUUUUCCUUUAGCAAACCAAGGAAGGCUGCUACCUUCUCAGCACUGGUCUCAGCUGACUCGUCUUCAUUUCAUCUGGACUAUUAUUUUUUUGUAUCUAGAGAGAAUGCCAGUUUGAUUUACAUACUUAAUCUGGUUAUAUUGCUAAUUGGAAACAUUGGGAUUGGUUGCUAUUCCAUUAAGCAACUCAUAAAAAACACUACUCUGCAUUAAAAAAAAUGCCAGACUAUCAAAUGCUACAUUGAAUUAUUUUUUUCUCCAGCCAACAAUUUCUCAUUCGACAUGACCAGAAAAGGCAUUUUCUUAUUAUUGUUUAACUGUCAACUGUUCAUUUUAUUAAUGAUCUCCUAAACGUGUUGGACAAAGAUGUGAAAUGUUUGUCAGCCACAGACAAAAUACAUGUUUGAAACUGUUUGACCUGCAGCUAAAUAAAUACUUCCGAAACUG